AGAGAGAGAGAAAAAAAAAAUAAGACAGAACAGAAUAAAGAACGUGAUAAGAGGAAGGAAUAUAAAUAGUUGCUGGUUGUAAGAGGCCUUGGCUCAGCUUGGCAGACAUUGUUUUUGCCCUGGGUCUUCCUAACAGACUGUUGUUCUACCAGCAGAGUUUAGAGAGCCCUGAUCAUGUGAUUCUGUUCAUUGUCUGCACUUUGCUCAAGGGUAAGACCACAGGACCGUUGGACCUACACUUCCUCAUCGAGAGUAGAAACCGUGAAGAAGAGAAAACAAGUAACUAUGCUCUUGUUCAGCAUUUCAUCUACGGACCGUCUACUGAGGAGGCCUGCAGGAUUUUAUCUCAACAAUUUUACCAAGUAGCCAAGCCAAGCCAACACUCACUCUUCUGAGAGGUCUAGCCACUGCGCUGGAGUGAGCAACUAGUUAGCUAGCCAGCUAUUUAAUUUAGCCAGUUUAGUCACUGUGCUGUUAUUCAGCCAUGCGGUUGAAGGUCACUCAUCCUCAGAAGGACCUGUGAAAGGCCACGGACACAGAAAAGAACGGGGGGACGCUUUGGAUACAACUUACUCUGCUCUGGAACUUAUGAAACACAGAACCUGUGAUUUGACACUUAUAACUCAUAUCCGGUGCUCUGGGACCUAAAAACUUGGACAUCUAACGUGGAAUGCUAGGAUGAAGACAUCGUAGAGCUGCCAUCAGAGACUUCUGCGAUGUCUGCCAUGCUGCAGCAGACGGAACUCAUCUUUGAGUAUGCCAGCGACCGCGUGAAUAAUGGACUACAGCUGGAUGAGCACUUGGCCUCUCCUGCAGUGAUAGUGGAGCAGGUCCCACACUCCCACCUGCUCUCCUACUCAGGCCUGGCCUGUGAGCAGACACACACAGACGACUGCCUGCUAACAACGGUGGAGGGGAGUGAGAGUGGCGAUGAGGAAACCAUGGAAACACUGGUGGCAGCUGAGAAUCUCCUCAACAUGGACUCCCCCGACUCCCUCUCUCUGGACCAACAGCACUACACCCAGCUGUACGUUCCCUCCCUGGGUGAUGUCAUCACAUCGCCCGUUACCCACCAGUUGAUGGUGUCAGUAGAGGACAUUGUGGGAGCUCUGAGCCAGCCCCAGUGGGUCACGCUGCAGAGGGAGACGGUUGCCGAGCAACCAAAGAAGAAGAGAGGUAAGAAAUCCAAAAGGCCUGAAUCUCCCACACCGGACAUCACAUUCAAGAGGGGAAAAUACAGCAAAGGUAACACUCUGUAUCUGUGGCAGUUCCUGAUUGAGCUUCUUCAAGACCGUCAGGCCUGUCCCCGCUAUAUCAAAUGGACCAAUCGGCAUGCAGGGAUCUUUAAGCUGGUCAACUCUAAGGCUGUGGCUCGACUCUGGGGAAAACACAAAAACAAACCAGACAUGAACUAUGAGACCAUGGGCCGAGCUCUCAGGUACUACUACCAGCGUGGGAUCCUGAACAAGGUGGAGGGCCAGAGGCUGGUGUACCAGUUUGCUUCCCUGCCCAAGGACAUGGUCUUCAUCAGUGGUGAUGAAGACCAGGAGGACCAAGGCAAUCAUGAGGAUGAUGAAGACGUUCCAGAGGAAAGCCCGCCCUCCAGCGACCAAUCCCUGGACGAUUUAGCGUCCUACGAGCAUUCUUUCCCUCCUCCUCCCCCCUCCUCUAGACCAGGUUACCAAAGGUCCAGACAGACCAGCAGUAGUCCGGCAACAGCCCAGUGGCACCAACCCGGCCCACAAUCCGAGUCCCGAUCCCCAGCCCAGCGCAGAACAGUUCUUCGACCACUGGGAUGCAGUCUGAUCCAGCAGCAGCACCUGCCUAUAGUCUCAGCUGAGAUGCUGCGCACCCUGCAGAACGUGCAGUCUCUGCAGCCCGGUCAGCACGGGUCGGUCUUCAGAACCGCUCAGCUGCUGGGGAGUAUGUGUGAGAGACAGGCUGCUACUGCAGAACAGACCACCAGUCAGAUAGUGACUCUGCAGUUACAACCCGUGACCUGCCCUGUCAAGCAGGGGAAGCUGGAGGUUGAGACAGAGGAGGACCUAGACUCAGGACUGACCAGGGAGUAGGAUGCCUCGACAUCUGGUCAGUGUCGGUCGCUGUCAUCUCCUCCUAGUCAAGACGACUACAGAGGACAGUGAUUGAAAAGGGAGACCUCUGAGAACGAUGAUGGACAGAUGUGAUGUAAAUUUGAUAUAUUUUACAGAUGUGACAGAUCUGAAUAGUCUUUGUCUCGCACUCUUACAUUCCCUUAUGCACCAGAGCCAUUUUUACAGAGAGUUAACCAAACGGACUUCCAUGUUGGCACCAAACACUCCAUGACGAUAACAUUCUAAUAGGCAUUCUAAGUAGAAUGUCAUUGUCUUAGAACUCUUGGUACCAACAUGGUGGCCAUUUGAAUUCUCCACCAAAGACGAUAGACGUGCACCGGAAUCUACAGCCACUCUGCAGAACAUCCUGCGAUACUCUCUCUGUUUGCACUACAGUGGAGCUUGCACACUGUGCUUUUUUCUCUCUAUUUUCUUUCCUCUGCCAUGAUCAAAGCUUUGCACGAAUGUUAACUCUUCAUGUGCCAUUUAUUUGUCCCCACUCUUACUCUCGCCCACCAAAGUGCCUAAAAUCUUCAAACAAUUCUGUUCCAGCUUUCACGAAAGACAGCCUUGAUCUGUAGCACGCUAGCUACUGCAUAUUGCGCCUAAACAUUGUUUUAUGUCUGUGGCAUUUGAUGAUCUUCAACGCAAACACACACUCACGCUGUCACACACAACAGUAGAAGACACACCAUCAGUGCUUGUGGUAAACGUGUCGUAGCUGAUCUGUUCAGGGGAUACAUUCCAUAGAGAUUAUUAUGACUGUUAACUUUCCAAUGACGGCUACAGGCUUUACAUUCAUGUUUUCAGAAAAGAAUACAAAUCCAAAUCAAAAAGGAUUUUCUGUGUAAUCUUUGCAGCAGUACUGUUGGCUUUGAGAUUAAGAAGCAUUAAUGUUGACAGGGUGCCUGAUAACUUCUCUCUGGCUUUUUGAAAAGUGUGAAAGUACUUCUGCCAGAGUCAGUAAUGUUCUAUUGACACUGAUCUAAAGUCAGUUUUGUGGUGUUCCCUGGUUAUUAUUUGGUGAUUGUAAACUGAUCCUAGAUUUGCCCCUAUGGGCAACUUCUACCCAGUGCCCUUCUGACAGACAGUCCUGUUAGCAUUCCAGAUAUGCUGUAGUAGCUAUGACUGUGCUUUCUUGGACCAUAUGCCUUGAUUUUUUUGUUGUUGUGUGUGUAUAUAUUUUGUUUUUCUGUCAGUUGUCUCAGGUUUGUAUGCGUUUUUAUUUCUGCACACAGUAUAUAUGGUCCCAGUUCCCAAACGUUCUAACUCAUCUGUAAAGAGGGAAGAUGAUGUUGCUCUUUUGGCCUAGACUCUGAUCUAUAGUUAGUUUUGCUGUUCCUACGAGGAUCCUCUAUCUAAUGCCUUGCAAAGCCGUAAGACCUUGGCUCCUAAUAAAAAGCAGAUUGUUCAUAUGCAAUCUUUUCCUUUGAUAAUAUUGCCUCAUGCUUCUCUGAUUUAUCUGGAAGGCUUUGAUAUAUUUGUUAUUGUUAUAUUGUGUGAAGAAACUUGGUUAAAAUGUAAUUGUGGAAAUGCUGUACCAGGCUUUUAUACUAUCAAUUUAUUGAUGUUCAUUCGGAUGUUUUCAUGCAAUGUAUUAUACAGAAGUAGUUGAUAAAAGAGGAAUUAUUGUUUUCAUGAAAUAAAGUUUUAAUUUUAAA